CGCGUUGGCAGCGGCGACCGACCGCGGGUUCGUUCCUGUCCCUGUGAACGACCCGUUCUUGGACGAGUCGGCGGCCGCUUUUUGCGGGACUACCGACUCAAGCUCACGUUCCACUUCGCCAACGUCAGCGAAAGCCGCAUCAUCGGAGCCGAGGUGGCCCGGUUCCCACUGCCGAUGCUCGAGGAGGUACCAAAUUCUAGCGGCGACGCCAACGCCACCAUUGAGCCUGUACUGGCGUCCAUGUACCGCGUCAAUAUGCUCAUGAGCAUCCACUUCAACUCGGAAAAGUUUGGCGGCAACGACUUCGUGACAGUCGCGAGCGCCGAGUACACGUGCUUCAACCGGACCAACGACCACGAGACGUGCGAAGCCGACUCGUUUCUGGAGAACAAGCGCGUCGCGCAGCCGAUCGCGGACGUCCCAGAGUACAUUCGGCCGUCCAUUGACCUCGCGACGCGCAAUCAGUACGCGGACGAAGAACCGGUUUGGACGGCGUACGAGACCCAAGAGCUUUCGGUUGCGGGGCACAUGGACUAUGUCAAGUUCGUCUUGGACGGCGAGCCCGUUCCGUGCACGGCGGCCUUUCACUACGACGGUGCGAAGGCCCGCAUGGUGCACCUCGACUGGUCUUGCUACUCGGCCACGUACGUUGAAACCAAGAUGCGCACCAUGAUCCGAAACGGCUACAUCAAGCUUGUGGCGACGGCGCUGAGCAUUUUCGCGGUGCUGGCGGCCAUUAGCGUCUACUGCAAGCGACGUGCAGUCGGCGGCAGCCACAUUCUUCGCUUCCUCGCGCCCGCCGCACCGCCCGUGCAAGAGAAGCCCCGCUCCACAAACGAGCCACAAAAGUCGUACAGCUCGUUCCGCGUAUAA